ACAGUUUCUAUAGAAUCGUCAAGAUAGAUGAUAGAUUGGAUCUGGUGAUUGAAAAAUCCUUUAAACAUUUAUACUUUACUGAUUGUCGAUUGAGUUUAGAUAAUAAUUACAUAGUUACAAGUGAAGCUAACAAAAGCGUGUUUAAAAUGAGUGACGUUACGCCAACGCGUAAACGUAGUCCCAAUUGGCUUACAUCAGAAAAAGAACUCUUGUUAAAUUUAGUUGAGAAACAUUUUAAAAUAAUAGGAAAUAAUAAAACGGACACUGUUUCGGUGAAGGCAAAACUGGCCCAAUGGAAAAUCAUCGCCGACCAGUAUAACGUCCGUACAACCCACUGUUCUCGCACGGGGGAUAACUUGAAAGCUCAAUGGGAGAGCUUGAAAAAGGUGGCAAGAAAGUAUGAAGCAAUAAACAGGAAGCGUAUAAUCAAACCAGAUGGUGGAACAUCACCACCGCCUAAAAAUGAGGAUCGUUUUCAACAGCGGAUCAUAUCAUUAAUAUCUACCAGUGCUAUUAACCCUUAUGAAAAUGACUCCAGUAAUCCAGCACAAACAGAGGAUUUACCAGCAGCAGAGAUAGAAUACAUAGAUACUGCAGCAUUGCCUCCAACAACACUUAGUGCAAAAGAACAUACAAUUAACAAAGAAGAAGUUUAUGAAAAUGAAGAUGAUGAGAGAAAUGAAAUGUGUGAAGAGGAUUGGGGAGAUUAUACACCUACAGAGAAUCCCACACCUCAUCGGACACGGGUUUCUAGGAGUAGAUCAACCCAGUCCAGCGCAUCGUCAUUAGAAUUACAUAGAAAGGAAAUUAAUGCUUUGGAAGAGCAGAUGAAGCUUGCUAAGGAGGAAAGGGAAAGGUCUAGGGAGCGGCAUGCCUUAGAUAUUCAAAUAAAAAAGGAGAUAUUAAAACAAGAGAAAAUUAAAACUAAUAUUUUAUUGAUGAAGCAAAGAAAGCUUAUAAUGGCUUUCAAAAAGAGACAAUAACUGUUUGAAUACCUCCUUUGUUAUUUGAAUAGGUCUCCAUAGCAUGCCGAAUUAUUGACUUUUUAAUUUCUUCCACAUGAAUAUAUUUUAUGUCAUCCAGUAUUU